GCCGCCGCACCGGGCAUGCGCCGACCCGGUCGGGCGGGAACACCCCGCCCCGCCCGGGCUCAGCCCCGGCUCCGCCCUCGCGCGCCCCGGCCCCGCCCCCGCGCGCUCUUUUGCUUUUCUCAGGUCCUCGGCUCCGCCCCGCUCUAGACCCCGCCCCACGCCGCCAUCCCCGUGCCCCUCGGCCCCGCCCCCGCGCCCCGGAUAUGCUGGGACAGCCCGCGCCCCUAGAACGCUUUGCGUCCCGACGCCCGCAGGUCCUCGCGGUCCGCACCGUUUGCGACUUGGUGAGUGUCUGGGUCGCCUCGCUCCCGGCAGAGUGCGGAGCUCUCCCUCGGGACGGUGGCAGCCUCAAGUGGUCCUGCAGGCGUCCUCACUUCGCCGUCGGGUGUGGGGCCGCCCUGACCCCCACCCACCCCGGGCGAGCUCCAGGUACUUGGAAAAAUGGACAAGGCUUGUGAAAUGAAACACACCACACUGGACAGCCCUUUGGGGAAGCUGGAGCUGUCUGGUUGUGAGCAGGGUCUGCACGAAAUAAAGCUCCUGGGCAAGGGGACGUCUGCAGCUGAUGCCAUGGAGGUCCCAGCCCCCGCUGCAGUUCUCGGAGGUCUGGAGCCCCUGAUGCAGUGCGCAGCCUGGCUGAAUGCCUAUUUCCACCAGCCCGAGGCUAUCGAAGAGUUCCCCGUGCCGGCUCUUCACCAUCCCGUUUUCCAGCAAGAGUCGUUCACCAGACAGGUGUUAUGGAAGCUGCUGAAGGUUGUGAAAUUCGGAGAAGUGAUUUCUUACCAGCAAUUAGCAGCCCUGGCAGGCAACCCCAAAGCCGCGCGAGCAGUGGGAGGAGCAAUGAGAGGCAAUCCUGUCCCCAUCCUCAUCCCGUGCCACAGAGUGGUCUGCAGCAGCGGAGCCGUGGGCAACUACUCCGGAGGACUGGCCGUGAAGGAAUGGCUUCUGGCCCACGAAGGCCACCGGUUGGGGAAGCCAGGCUUGGGAGGGAGCUCAGGUCUGGCAGGGGCCUGGCUCAAGGGAGCGGGAGCUACCUCGGGCUCCCCGCCUGCUGGCCGAAACUGAGUGUGUGCAGUAGGAUGGAUGUUUGAGCGACACACACGUGUAACACUGCAUCGGACGCGGGGCGUGGAGGCACCGCUGUAUUAAAGGAAGUGGCAGUGUCCUGGGAACAA